AUGCCUGGAAGCAAACGCCAAAUAUUUUCUUGUUUUAAUGCAAAACAUGACGAGCCCCAAUAUUAUAAUAAUGAUAAUUAUAAACAAAACAAUCAGAAUACUGCAAAAAAUGGAACAUUUGGGGAACAAAGACACAGCACAAUAACGCAAGCUAUAUCACCAAAGCAGUACCAUCAAUAUCAAAACCAUCAUCAACAAGCAAGUACGUGGCAUCCAAAUAUGCAUCAAAUGGCUUCAAUGAAUAACAUUCAUCAAAUGGCCUUAGUAGAUAAAGAACAAGGAGCUGGUGACUCAGUUGUGCAAGUCAGUACACCACCACUAAAUCAAGAACAAGAACAAAUUGAUGAUACACAUCACACUCUAACACACCAAGUGGAAACGACAACAACCAAUAAACGUAUAUUUAAUGAUAGUAAUGAAUUCAUUACAGUGGAAUCAAAAAAAGCAAAAAAGAAAGCAUGGGUACCAGUAGAGCAGCAUCAGACAACGACAUCAUCUACGGAUUAUCAACAUCCAAAUAAAUACAAUGUACCAAUUGAACAAUUACAAAGAGCAGUGGUCCACAAUCUACCUUGUUUCACAAUUAAAUUUACUCAAACGGAUAAUCUACCAGCUGCAAUGACUGUUGCGGAAGAAUUAUACGAUUACUUUAAGAAAAACCAGAUUCAACUGGUAGAAGAAUUCUCGGUAGUACGGUACAACGGGAUAUUUCUAAGAAUUGUGGUAAAGAACAAAAAAGAUUACUGCCUGCUCUGCAGCGCAAAAAACUGGCCUACCAGAGUAUUAGGCAUUAAUAUUACGUUAAUCAUUCCAAAAUUUGUUCCUGAGCAAUUCUCGCUAGUGGUAAGAUUUGUCGCGAAAGAAUUCUCAGUUGAUCAAGUAACAAAAGAAGUUAAAAGAUCGGCAAGUACAGCUACUAAUUUCCGACAAAUAGUGUACCCAUAUCCAAGGGGAACAAACGAUUUCAGAUUUUCGGUAACAGAUCUUAAAAAAUACAACGGUCUCCUACGACUAGGCCAUAUUGGUAUAGGUAACACUUUACGGAAAAUAACACCUUAUAGACCAUCAAAUAAACUUACAUACUGUACAAAAUGUUGGCAACUCAAUCACACAAGAAAUAAGUGUCAAGAACAAGGACAAAAAUGUAGGAUCUGUUUGGAGGACUACAAUCAACAACAUAACGAGAUUUGCUCUAAGCAAUAUAGAUGUGCUCAAUGCCAUAACGACCACUACUCCUUGGAUAGUGAUUGUCCCGAAAUUCAGCAGCAUCGUCGUGAGUUAAACAACGCAGUGAAAGGAGCAAUUAAAGAUGGUGUAAUUAAAAGGGAACUAGCGCUGCAAAUACGAAACUCAUCUACUCAGUAUUCAGGCUCGAAAAACAAUAACUACAACAACGACUUUCCUCCACUUCCAUCUACAACAACAUCUGUUCCAAAUGUUAGCCACUCACCAUGGACACAUAAUAAACCAGCAGCUAACUCUGUCAAACAAAAUGAUAUAACAAAUGAGCAACUUUUUGAAAAAAUAUGCUCGCGUUUCGAUAGUAAUAUGGAGCAAACAAAUUCACGCCUGACCAUAAUAGAAAAAAAGAUAAAAAGUAACGAAGAAACGAUAAUAUCCAUACACAAGCGCUUAAAUAAUAUGGUUGAAAUUCUUCAACUAUAA